AUGUUUACUUUCACUCCCCUGCUGGGUGCGCAGUCCUCCUCCAGAGCCUCACAGUCUAUCUUGGAACUCGAUGGUGGCAUCAAAAUCCUCGUGGACGUCGGUUGGGACGAUACCUUUGAUACGCUGGACUUACUAGAAUUGGAGAAGCAUAUUCCUACCCUGUCGCUUAUACUUUUAACUCACGCGACUCCGGCGCACCUCGGUGCUUUCGUUCACUGCUGCAGGACGUUUCCUCUUUUCACCCAGAUACCUGUCUACGCUACGAGUCCCGUCAUCGCUCUCGGUCGCACACUUCUUCAAGAUCUGUACGCCUCCUCGCCCCUUGCAGCGACGUUCCUACCAAAAGCUUCAAUCUCAGAACCGGGCGCGUCAACCUCAGCCGCAUCCGCCGCGGCGUCUGUCACAGAUGGGGAAGGGAACACGCCUGCUAGCAGCGCUGGCCGAAUCCUCCUUCAGCCUCCGACCGCCGAGGAGAUUGCCCGUUACUUUUCUCUCAUUCACCCGUUAAAGUAUUCCCAACCACACCAGCCGCUCUCGUCUCCUUUCUCGCCGCCGCUGAAUGGGCUGACUCUCACUGCGUACAAUGCUGGACAUACAGUGGGUGGAACCAUAUGGCAUAUUCAGCAUGGUAUGGAAUCGAUUGUCUACGCAGUGGAUUGGAACCAGGCCCGAGAAAGCGUUGUGGCUGGUGCUGCAUGGUUCGGAGGUUCAGGCGCCAGUGGUGCAGAGGUCAUUGAACAACUGCGCAAGCCGACGGCGUUGGUCUGCAGCACCCGGGGAGGAGACAAGUUUGCGCUUCCUGGUGGGCGAAAAAAACGCGACGACUUGCUUCUGGAUAUGAUCCGGAGCAGUCUCGCGAAGGGCGGUACUGUCCUGAUCCCAACUGACACUAGUGCUCGAGUCUUGGAGCUUGCAUAUGCGCUGGAGCAUGCGUGGCGCGAUGUGGCUGGCGGGAAUAAUGAAAGUGACAUGGCCCUAAAGAAUGCCGGGUUGUACCUUGCUGGAAGAAAAGCGCACACUACAAUGCGGCUCGCGAGAAGUAUGCUUGAAUGGAUGGAUGAGAACAUUGUGCGUGAAUUCGAAGCAGCGGAAGGUGUGGAUGCUGUGACGGGCCAGACACAGUCGAAUGCUGAUGGUCAGCGAUCUGGUGGCCAAGGCCAGGGCAAAGGGGGCUCUAAGGGACUGGGGCCUUUCACCUUCAAACAUCUCAGGACAGUUGAACGCAGGAAAAGGUUGGAGAAGAUAUUGACGGAUCAAAAACCAAAGGUGAUUAUUGCGUCCGAUACAUCUCUGGAUUGGGGAUUUGCAAAGGAAUCCUUACGCUUGAUCGCCGAAGGACCGAACAACCUGCUCCUACUAACCGAAAACCUUCACAAAGAACGGCCAUCAGAUAGUAAGAAUAAGCAUCACAGGGAGACCCUUGGAAGCAUGAUUUGGCAGUGGUAUGAAGAGAGAAAGGAUGGCGUUGCUUUGGAGAAAGCCCCAGGCGGAGACCUCCUUGAGCAGGUCCAUAGCGGAGGAAGGGAGCUCUCUUGGACAGAUGUACGACGAAAACCCCUUGACCCCGGGGAGCAGUUAAUCUAUCAGCAAUAUUUGGCCACCAAGAGACAACUGCAGGAUGCAUCGCAGACUAGAGGCCAAGAAAACCUCGAGAACCCGACAGAUGUUCUUGACGACCGAUCGAGCUCUACGUCGGAAGAUUCGGAGACGGAGCAGCAGGGACGGGUCCUGAACUUCUCUACCUCAUUGGCUCAUGCCAACCGCAACAAGCUGGGUCUUAGCGACGAAGAUUUGGGCGUGAACAUUCUUCUCCGUCGGAAGAACGUCUACGACUACGACGUCCGUGGGAAGAAGGGUCGCGAACGAAUGUUCCCAUAUGUAGCUCCAAGAAAGCGCGGAGAUGAGUAUGGAGAAUUCAUUCGGCCCGAGGAAUAUUUACGAGCCGAAGAGCGUGAAGAGGCAGACAUGCAACAGCGUCGGUCCGAAGCCCAGACCAAAUUGGGCCAAAAACGACGAUGGGACGAGGCAGGUCCGCACGGGCGUCGAGCCUCCCAUAGUGGAGCCAAGCGGCAACAGGUCGCCGGGGACGCUCACAAGAGGGAGGCUGGUGGCGCGGACGAUCUCAGCACGACCGAGGAUGCGGACGGCGGUGAUGCGGCGAUAUCAUCGGAGGAUGAAGCCGAUGAACAAUCGUUUGAAGGGCCCGCGAAAGCGGUGUUCGAGAAAUCCACGAUCACCAUCAACGCACGUCUCGCUUUUGUGGACUUCACUGGGCUCCAUGAUAAGCGCAGUCUAGAGAUGCUGAUUCCACUCAUCCAGCCGCGGAAACUAAUCUUGGUUGGAGGAAUGAAGGAGGAAACUACCGCCUUGGCAACAGAGUGCAAGAAACUUCUCGCCGCAAAAGCUGGCGUCGAUGUCUCGUCGCCAGACUCGGCCCUGAUUUUCACGCCAACGAACGGUGAAACGGUCGAUGCCAGUGUUGAUACCAGCGCUUGGAUGGUCAAGCUGAGCACGAAUCUUGUCCGGCGCCUGAAAUGGCAGCACGUUCGCAGCUUGGGUGUAGUAACACUAACAGCCCAACUAAGAGGGCCAGAACUCAACCCCAAGGAGGAAAGCGAGGAGUCGGCAAGCAAGAAACAAAAGGUGUUGCAGGACGAGGCCAGUUCUGCAGCAACAUCCAUCCUCGGCGAAACAAAGCCAGCGGUGGACAAAUCCGACGUUUUCCCUGUGCUUGAUGUUUUACCGGCGAACAUGGCGGCUGGUACCCGGUCCAUGACUCGACCCCUACAUGUGGGUGAUUUCCGACUGGCAGAUCUACGCAAAGUCAUGCAGAGCGCCGGACAUAAGGCAGAAUUCCGUGGCGAGGGAACGCUCCUCAUCGAUGGGAUGGUCGCUGUUCGCAAAUCGGGUACUGGCAGGAUUGAAAUCGAGGCAUCUGCGCAGUCGUCGACCAUGAACCAAGCCACGGGACGUGGCGUGGCAAGCUUUCUAGCAGUGAAGAGGAAGAUCUACGAUGGUCUGGCAGUUGUUGCGGGAAGUUGA